AUGACAAAGGAGGGCUCGGGUGUAGAGAUGGCUAGCAACAAACACCACGCUAUUGCCUGUUGGUGGGCCACCUCUGGGAGUUUUAUUGACCUCCGGGGAAUAGGCGAUUCCGGUGAUAAGCUGAGUAUGGAGCAUAUGCAUGAAGGCGAAACUUCGUAUGGAUUCCCGUCGUAUCGAUACCCUACGUCAAAGCCUAAGCAAGGCGCGUCUGACAAAGUAUUAACAAUGGCUCUUUCACGCGUUGACCUUCAUACUAUCCAAAGUCGGAGAUUUCAAUCCUGGGCUUCUGCUCUGUCGAAUCUAGCCGGACGCGUACUUGGGUUGCCAAACCUUCCGCGGAGGCGGACCACUGAAGACAUAUUGCGCUCUUUCCUGCACCAUUUUGACACCAUUCAGUUGCCAUCCGUCGAGGAUGCUGCACUCGAAGAUCCUUGUAUCAAAGAGGCUGAACGUCGAGGAUAUGCCCUCGAUGCGCUUAAGCCGUACCUAACGGUUGGGCUUAACAUCACGGCUUCGGCAUACCACCAUCUAGUCAAUGUCGACGUCAAAGUCUACAUCGUCUUUUUUACCGCGUUCGCUACAUACUUCGACGAUGUCUACCCUGAUGACCCUGACGCCCUCAUAGGUGUUCCUAAUUUUACCAAGCACUUUGCUUCCUCGGAGAAGCAGCCAACCAAGAUGCUAGACGACUUUGCUAACGUCUUAGCAGAGACCCCUCAGCUCUUUGGCGAUGUCGCAGCUGAUUUUAUUGUCCAAGCGGGCCUCAGUGGAAUCGCUGAAGCCUACACCAUGUUUAUGUUCCCCAAAGACCUACCGUAUAACCUAUACGUCCAAGCUCUUCCCCUCCUUCGUGACGUCAUCAACUUCACAAACGACAUCACCUCAUUCUAUAAGGAGGAAUGCGAAGGUGAAACGCACAAUCUCAUAUCUCUCUUGGCUGAAGCUCGCGCAGAGCCAAAGAGCCAGGCACUUUGCUAUGUGGCAGAACGGUGCAUCCAGGCGCACGAGAGGGUCUUGUGUAUCUUGUCACCGCACCAAGAAGUGCGAAGCUCGUACGAAAUUUUCGUUAAAGGGUAUUUGGCGUUCUAUCUGGGUGCAAAGAGAUACAGGCUUAGCGAGUUGAACCUGUAGCGUGGCAUUCAAUCAAUGUGUGUGUUCAAGAUUUUGGUGCGAUGUCUGAGUUACGCCAAAUUGGGGCCUCCAAAUCGAGCAAGUUCUAAUAUUCCCAUUCGGAGAAAUAAUUAGGUCGUAUUUGAUGCCUGUGAACAGGUCUCUGUAUGGGGAUGGUCAUUGCCGCGUAUUGACGGGUAUGAGUGUAGGAUCAAUGUGAUGAUUGCCGCCGGAUGAGGA